AUGCCAAACUCACCCAGCGCAUAUCACAACAGCCCUCUGCCGGGCUCAGGCCACCACCCUUCCGACUUCCCCGACGGCGGCAUGCAGGCCUGGUCCGUGGUGCUCGGUGGAUUCUGCGGGCUGUUCUGCACAUUUGGGUUUGUCAGCUGCAUCGGUGUGUUCCAGGAGCACUACGAGACGGGCCCGCUGGCUUCCUACUCGUCGUCGUCCGUGUCCUGGAUCACCUCGACCGAGGUCUGGGCCAUGAUCUUCUUCGGGAUCGUGUUUGGACGCGUGUUUGACGUCUACGGGCCGCGGUGGAUGCUUGUGGUCGGCUCGCUGGUCUACAUCUUCGGCCUGAUGAUGACCUCCCUGGCGACCCAGUACUACCAGUUCUUCCUCGCCCAGUCUAUCUGCGCCGCCGUCGCCUCCUCGGCCGUCUUCAACGCCUGCAUGACCAGCGUCGUCUCCUGGUUCUUCAAGAAGCGCGCCGUCGCCUUCGGCAUCGUCGUCUCGGGCUCCUCGCUCAGCGGCUUCGUCAUGCCCAUCAUGAUCGAGAAGCUCAUCCCCCAGGUCGGCUUUCCCUGGACCAUGCGCGCCGUCGCCUUCAUCUUCCUGGGCCUGCUGAGCGUCACCUGUGUCACCGUCAAGUCCAGGCUGCCGCCCCAGCCCAAGCCCUUGAGGCUGAAGGACUACACUGGGGGCUUUACGGAGCCGGCGUUUGCUCUGACGCUGGCGGCCAACUUCUUGUUCUACUGGGGCAUGUUUAUCCCGUACAAUUAUAUCCUGCUGCAGGCCAGGGCGGCCGGAAUGAGUGAGAAUUUGAUUGACUAUCUCAUUCCCAUCUUGAACGCUGUGAGCAUCUUCGGCCGUAUCCUCCCAGGUCUCGCUGCCGACAAAUUCGGCCGCUUCAACGUCAUGAUCGCCAUCACCUCCCUCUCCGCUAUCAUGACCCUCGCCGUCUGGAUCCCCGCCGCCAAUUCCUCCGCCGCCAUCGUCGUCUUCAUCGCCCUCUUUGGCUUCGCCUCUGGUGGCUUCGUCUCCCUCAUGCCCACCUUGAUUGCCCAGCUCAGCGAUAUCCGCCAGAUCGGCGUCCGCACGGGCACGGGCAUGGCCGUCAUGAGCUUUGGCGCGCUCACGGGGAGCCCUAUCGCCGGGGCGAUCGUGCAGGCGCAGGGGGGUGGGUAUCUUGGACUGCAGUUGUUUUGUGGGCUUUGCAUGGCGGUUAGUGUGCUUGUUUAUUUGCUGGCCAGGGGCAAGCAGGUUGGGUUUACCAAGUUGGCUGUCAAGAUCUAG